AUGAGUAAGAUCUCCAGGUUCUUCAAGGGGAGCGGCUCGGCCUCCUCCAAGGGCCGCGGGGGUCCCUCGCCGCAGGAGGCACUGGCCCGGCUGCGAGAGACAGAGGAGAUGCUCAGCAAGAAGCAGGAGUACCUGGAGACGCGGAUCGAGCGGGAGCUGGCGGUAGCCCGGCAGCACGGCACCAAGAACAAGCGAGCUGCCUUACAAGCACUGAAGAGAAAAAAGAGAUAUGAGAAACAGUUGAAUCAAAUUGAUGGGACACUUUCAACCAUUGAGUUCCAGAGAGAGGCAUUGGAAAAUUCCCAUACCAACACAGAAGUGCUCAAGAAUAUGGGUUAUGCUGCACAGGCUAUGAAAAAAGUACAUGAAAAUAUGGAUUUGAACAAAAUUGAUGAUUUGAUGCAAGAUAUCACUGAACAGCAAGAUGUUGCCCAGGAAAUUUCAGAUGCUAUCUCAAACCGAGCCACCUUUGGUGAUGAGUUUGAUGAGGAUGAGUUGAUGGCAGAAUUAGAAGAACUGGAGCAAGAAGAACUGAACAAGGGAAUGAGAGAUGUCAGGUUGCCAAGUGUUCCGUCCACAUCGCUGCCUUCUCGCCCUGCAUCGACCAGGAAAAGAGCAGAGGAUGAAGAUGAAAUGAAGAAACUGGCUGCCUGGGCUUCAUAA